CCUUCUGCUUCCGAGGCGUUCAGGGUCUGAACGGGUUCAACAGCCGCGUCCGCAUGUCGCCACCGACCCCCCCGUAGAGCGUCUCCCCCCGGCCCCGGAUGAAGAUUAACAGGUAUGCCAAAGGAAAAAUAUGAUCCUCCAGAUCCCCGCAGAUGUUACACCAUCAUGCCAGCGGAUGAGGCGGCCAGCGGGAAGAAGUCUUACUGGGCCGAGCUGGAGAUUUCUGGCCGAGUGAGGAGCCUGAGCAGCUCCCUGUGGACCCUCAGCCACCUGACGGCGCUGCACAUCAACGACAACAACCUGAGCCGCAUCCCGCCCGACAUCGCCAAGCUGCCCCACCUGGCCUACCUGAACCUGUCGUCCAAUAAGCUGCGCAGCCUGCCGGCCGAGCUGGGCAACAUGGUGUCUCUCAGGGAGUUGCUUUUAAACAACAAUCUUCUACGAGUUCUGCCUUAUGAACUCGGGAGGCUUUUCCAGUUGCAAACCCUGGGGCUCAAAGGAAACCCUCUGUCCCCGGACAUCCUCAAUCUGUACCAGGAGCCGGACGGAACCAGAAAGCUUCUGAACUACAUGCUCGACAAUCUAGCAGUGCACCCGGAGCAGCUCCCCCAAAGACCCUGGAUCACCCUGAAGGAGCGAGACCCAACGCGUCCCACAGCCGUGUUCACGGUCAUGUGCUACAACGUGCUGUGCGACAAGUACGCCACGCGGCAGCUGUACGCCUACUGCCCGUCCUGGGCCCUCAACUGGGAGUACCGCAAGAAGGGCAUCAUGGAGGAGAUCACCAGCUGCGACGCCGACAUCAUCAGCCUGCAGGAGGUGGAGACGGAGCAGUACUACACCAUGUUCCUGGACACCCUGAAGCAGCGCGGUUAUGACGGCUACUUCUGCCCAAAGUCUCGAGCCAAACUGGUUUCUGAGCAGGAGAGGAAACACGUGGACGGCUGCGCCGUGUUCUUCAAGACCGACAAGUUCACUCUGGUCCAGAAACACACCGUGGAGUUCAACCAGGUGGCCUUGGCCAACUCUGAGGGGUCAGAGGUCAUGCUGAACAGAGUGAUGACCAAAGACAACAUCGGGGUGGCCGUUCUGCUCGAGGUCAACAAGGAACUGUUCUCUGAGGGCGGGAAGCCGCCUCAGGAGAGGCAGCUGAUCCUGGUGGCCAACGCCCACAUGCACUGGGACCCCGAGUACUCGGACGUCAAGCUGGUCCAGACCAUGAUGUUCCUGUCGGAGCUGAAGAGCAUCGCCGAGAGGGCGUCCGGCUCCGCGGCGUCCGGCGACCCGUCCUCCAUCCCCAUCGUCCUGUGCGCCGACCUCAACUCGCUGCCCGACUCCGGUGUGGUGGAAUACCUGAGCAACGGAGGCGUGGCCGAGACCCACAAGGACUUCAAGGAGCUCCGCUACAACGACUGUCUCACCAACUUCAGCUGCAGCGCCAAGAACGGCCCGUCCAACGGCAGCGUGACGCACAGCUUCCAGCUGAAGAGCGCCUACGACGGCAGCCAGAUGCCCUACACCAACUACACCUACGACUUCAAGGGCGUCAUCGACUACAUCUUCUUCUCCAGGACCCACAUGAGUGUCCUGGGCCUUCUGGGCCCUCUGGACAGCCAGUGGCUCAGCGACAACAGCGUCACCGGCUGCCCCCACCCCCACGUGCCCUCGGACCACUUCUCCCUGCUGGCCCAGCUGGAGCUGCACGCCCCCCCGCCCCACCCGCUCAACCCCCUCAACGGGCUGCACCUGCCGGUCCACAGGUAGUGCAGCGCCCCCCCCCCCCCCCCCCCCCUGCCCCCCUACUGCUUUAUACAAACCACCGAUCAUGUUUUCACCCAUUGGUACAUGUUUGUUUUCUUACAUCUGUUCUACACCCCCCCCCCCCCUCCUUUAACACCAAAUGUCUGGCUAAGGAUGGAGUUGCUAUUGUACCUCAAUGUCUAUUGUUUGUACCCCCCCCUCUAAAACAACAAACCAUGACGACUAAUACAAUGGACUUUUUAAAGAUAAACUACACCAAGUUCAUUUGUUCUUUUUCUUCUUCACGUUCCACACAGACGGGGAGUUUUAUUCGAGUGAAUUUAUUUAUUUGUUAAAGUCCGCCGUCCCUCAAACGAGCAAAACAAACCCUCUCAGUCCUUCUCGUCACCUGCUGUUUUUAUGUAGCCAGUCAAACACACAGGAAGUAGAAUGUGACAUCAUGGUGAUGGUUUUAAAGCCAUCAGGUUAUGUCCUUGAAACCAUCACCAUGGCGAUGGUCGCAUCUCGCUGCCACGUGAAUCCACCACGACUCUUCCUCUUCCUCUUCCUCUUCCUCCUCCACAACACGGUCAUCGAACUGUGACCAAAAAAACGAAAAUGCUUUGGCUUCGAGAUGAACAGUUAGAAGUGAUGAAGUGGCACAUGUUGACUAACAAGGUGCUUCAGGUGCUUUUAAAGGGCUCUUAAAGGAAGCGUCGUGUCACCGUUCAGCCAAAGACCCCCCCCCCCCCCCCUCCCCCCUCCCCACCCCCCCCGCCCCCCGCCGACCAUGAGAUGAUAUUUAUUGUUUAUCGUGUCAGAGAUUAAUGAACCUGCAGCGGAAUGUAUUUACCAAUAAAACAAAGGCUUCUUCCAGGGCGACGCAUCCAGCACCACAAGCCGUUCAUGAGGCACAGCCUUGUUGUAUUGGUGCCAUUUUUGGAUAAAACUGCUGCUGUAGAGAUAUAUAUAUAUAUAUAUAUAUAUCUCUAUAUCUAUAGAUCUUUGUUCACCUUUGCUCUGCUCACUAUCUGAAGAAGAGAAGCCGUAAUGAGGUCAUAAAUGGCAUCGGCUCGCUGUGACCUCUGCUGUGACCUCUGCUCUGUGAGCACUUUGAGGCCCCCCGGGUUCUGUUGGUGGUUCCGUACGGCAGCGGCACACGAGUCAAACUGAUUUGAGG